AUGGCGAUGUUCAGCGACUGGGACGUGGCGGCAGCGACGGUGGAGGGCGGCAGGCGCAAAAGGGCAGAGGACGAGGCGGAGGCAGAGGUAAAGGACGGGGACGAGCAAGAGGUGCAGCCCAACAUGAAGAAGCUGGUCCUGGCGAUGGCGAAGUGCACGAUGCAGUUAGUGGACGAGCAGCGCAACACCGCCAGGAUCGACAACCUCGUGCUCCAGUCGUCGAGCGACGGCCCCUACGCGAAGCUGAUGCGCAAGCAAGAGGAGGAUUACGCAAAGGAGGGAAAGGUGGCAAGAGCAAAGGCAGUGGAAGACAAAGUUGAUUACGGCGGACACCCGCACGGUAAGAAACCAGAUGUCUUGGGUAGGGCUUUGAUGGUACGUCUGAGCCAAUUCCUUCAACAGCCUGGUAUGUUGGACAAGAUUCAGGCGAGUGGACCGACGUUGCAGGCUAUCAAAAAUGUUUGUGCUUUUGGUGAGCGUGCUAAGACUGACUCAUCCAUUCGUUGCCAGCGUGCCUUUCGUGUGGAAGUUGAUGUGGACGGAGUAUCAAUGGAUAAGUGGAUCUUCUAUUUCCCACGCGAGUCUGUGAUGAAUGACCUUCGCAUUUUGAUGGUAGAUCGCACGCUCGAGAAAGUAGGCAUGUACCUCCUUGAAGAUUUUGCUCCGAGGACUGCUGCUGCAAAGAUAGUGGCGGCCCUUGCGUUCAAGCCAAAGAAUUCGAAAGGCGGUCCCUCGGCUAAGAAGAAGGCCAAAAAGGGAGUCUAA